AUGUUCUCAUCAAGUCUCCGCACCCGCGCCCCCUGGACCCUCAUCACCCCAUCGCUGCUCCAAAGCAACAUAGUCGAAUCCCCCACCCUCGCGCACACCACCACCACCGACAUCGCAUUCCCCAGCGGGCUCUCAGUGCUCCUCACAACCGACGACGACAACCCCACAGCCACAGCCACGAGGGUCGAAAGGGCGCUGCAAACGGCAACCACGGUGGUGGUGGUGUUCCUGGGGAGUGGCGUGUGGGGGUUUCAGCUACUGCUUGAUCAGACUUUUAGAGAGGCGGUGUAUGUGGUGCCGCUGUUUGCGGUGCUGGAGCUUCCUGGCGUGCUGGUCAGGCUGGUCGAGGAUUAUUCUGCGCCGUCGCCAGCUGGGCAGCCGGAUGGGUGGACGCCUGCAAGGAUGCUGUCGCUGAUGGCGGUGGAUGGGGGGUUGUUGUCGGUGCAUUCGACGCUGGUGCUGCAUUCGAUGUUUUCGUCGCUGAGGGAGCUGGCGAUGGGGGCGGAUGUGGAGGCGCUGGAGGUGCUGGAGGGCGGGGAGGGGAGGGGGGUGGUGGAGUUCUUGGAGGUGGAGUUUGUGGUUGGUGGGUAG